AUGUCUGACACGCAGUUUCUUAUUGGUACUUUCUGUAGAAGGCCAACAUUAGGAAAUUUGGGAAGACAAAUUCGUGUUCGUUCCAAUUUCUUUGAAGUUCUCGCUUUGCCAACACAAAAUAUUAUUCAUUAUGACGUCACAAUUACUCCCGAUGUACCUCCCGCGCUCAAUAGAAAGAUAUUUGGAGAAUUUGAAAGGAUUAGUCGUGAAGGACCGUUGAAUGGAAUUAGACCCGUCUUUGAUGGGAGAAAGAAUAUUUUCGCUCCACGAAGCUUCCCAUUUGGAGAUACGGCUACAUUUAACGUUACUCUUCCUGAAGAUGAAACAAUUCCUAGUAAACGUACUCCAAGGACUUUUAAGAUCAAAAUCAAGAAAGCUGGAGAAAUUUACAUGGAUGAACUUCAUCGGUUUCUUCAAGGAAAACAUCCUAUGACAUCAAAUUGUUUAACAGCGACUAUGGCACUUGAUGUGUUAAUUCGUCAUCUCCCUUCAAUGCGACAUGUUACGGUUGGGCGUUCUUUUUUUACUAAUGCUGGAGCCGAACCUCUUUUUGGAGGUGCUGAAGUCUGGCAGGGAUAUUAUCAAUCGGCACGUCCUGCUCAAGAAAAAAUGCUAAUCAAUGUUGAUCUGAGUGCAACUGCGUUUUAUGAAUCGGGACCUCUUAUACAAAUGGUAACUAAAAUUUUAGGCCGUAGAAACCCUGAUGACCUUCGUCGAGGAUUUAGUGAUAAAGAUCGUAUCAAAGUUGAAAAAACAUUAAAGAAUCUUAAAAUUCGUGUCACACACCGUGGAGAAGCAACUUCCAAACGUAAUUUCAAAAUCAUUAAGCUUACUCCAACACCUGCAUCUCAAACAAUGUUUGAUGCUGGCAAUGGUGUUACUACAGAUGUUGCAGAUUAUUUUGCAAGACAAUACGGUCGACGUUUAUCCUACUCACAUCUUCCUUGUGUAACAGUUCAAAAGAAUAUUUAUCUUCCACUUGAAGUUUGCGAAGUCGUUGAAGGUCAACGUCACAUCCGCAAAUUAAAUGAAAAACAGACCGCUGAUAUGAUCAAAUUCACUUGUCAGUCACCUCAUUUACGUGCAAAUAAGAUUAAACAAGGCGUUGAUAUUCUGAAUUAUCGUAAGAAUGAGUAUCUUAAACAAUUUGGUUUAGAAGUCGCAAGCGAAAUGAUUGUAAUUCAAGCACGUGUCCUCCCCGUACCAACUUUACAAUAUCAUCCGUCUUCGCGUGAACAUAGUUUUCAACCACGUGAAGGAUCCUGGAAUUUAAGAGAUAAGAAAGUGGCACAAGGCGCUGUCCUUGGUUCGUGGGCAAUUGUUGCAUUUGGAUCAGAACGCGAUCUUCCAACACAAUCUAUUCAAGCAUUCAUACGUGAGCUAGUAAUCACUUGUCAAGAUAAUGGAAUGAGUAUUCCGAAUAGAACACCUCCUAUUAUGCAUACAAAUUCUCAAGGUGAUAUUGAGGGCACCCUAAAGACUGCAUGGCUUCAUGCAGGAAACGCCGCUAAAGCUCAACCACAAUUAAUUGUUUGUGUUCUUCCAAACACCGGUGUUCCUCUUUAUGCUGAAAUUAAACGCGUCACUGAUACUGUUAUUGGUGUUGCAAGUCAAUGCGUACAAAGCCGACACAUGAUGCAGGCAAAAAAACAGUAUUGUGCAAAUUUGUGUCUUAAAAUCAACGUAAAACUCGGUGGAAUGAAUUCAUUCAUAAGUCCUAGUCAAAUUCCUUUCAUCUCCGAUAAACCUACUAUUCUUAUGGGCGCUGAUAUUUCGCAUCCAUCUCCUGGUGAACCUUCUCGACCUUCAAUUGCAGCUCUUUGCGCUUCCAUGGAUGCUAAGGCAUCAAGAUAUUCGGCAUCUAUUAGAGUUCAAACGGGUCGUACAGAAAUUAUUGCGGACUUGGCUAAUAUGACCAAGGAACUUUUAAAAACAUUCUACCAAACUUGCGGAAGAAAGCCAGAGAGAAUUCUCUUUUAUCGCGAUGGCGUUUCUGAAGGACAAUUUGAUCAAGUGCUCAAUGGAGAAAUUAAAGCAGUUAGAGCUGCAUGUAUGUCUCUUGAGGAAUCAUACAAGCCAUCCAUCACUUUUGUGGUUGUUCAGAAGCGACAUCAUACUCGCUUCUUCCCCUUGGACAAACGCGACUCUGAUAGAACUGGAAAUUGCCUUCCUGGGACUGUAAUCGAAUCCGGAAUCACUCAUCCUUAUGAAUUUGAUUUUUAUCUUCAAAGCCAUGCUGGAUUACAAGGAACAUCUAGACCAACUCAUUAUCAUGUCCUAUUUGAUGAAAAUACUUUCACAUCUGAUGGGCUCCAAGCACUUUCAUACAAUUUGUGUUAUGUCUAUGCGCGUUGUACACGCGCCGUUUCUUUGGUUCCUCCUGUAUAUUAUGCUCACAUCGUAUGUCGACGAGCACGAUUCCACGCGAGAGACCAACAUUGGAGUGAUACAGAAUCUGGCAGUGAAGGAGAUCAAGGAACCGCAUCAAUUUUUGGAGUAGUCAAACCUGAAUUACAAAGAGUCAUGUAUUUUAUGUGA